AUGUCUGCCGACAAUUCAUCAUCUCAAUCAAAUCCAAUUGAUAAUAGUCAACCACAAAAUUCCCAAGAACAACACACUGACAAAAAGGGAAGGUCAUCUACUGGUAAAAGAAAAUAUCAUCAAAAAUCAAGAAAUGGUUGUUCCACAUGUAAAAAACGAAGAGUUAAAUGUGAUGAAACAAGACCAAUUUGUAAUAAAUGUAAGAAUUUAAAUUUAGAUUGUGGAUAUUUACAUCAAGAUCCAAAUGAUUCUGCACAUAUUCAAGAGAAUCCAAAAUCUGAAAUAAAACAUUCUGAUGAACCUAAAGUGAAAAAGAGAAAAGUUUCACUGUCUUCCAUAUCUUCUGAAUCAUCCAAUGAAGCCAAUUCCAUUCCUGUUGCUCAACAAGCUACACCUUCAUUGACACCUAGUCCCAGUAUGGCAGCACAUGGAAAAUCAGCUCCUCAAUUUACGGCCAAUGGUAGCAGUGCCACCACCGCCGCCGCUAACAAUAUACCACAAGGACAAGUGCCACAAAUUCCUCCUGGUUUAUUCCUGAAUAAUUCUAAUAACCCACUUAAUGCUUUGGCAUCUGGUCUUUUAAGUGCUGGGAAUUUAAAUAAUUUAAAUAUUGCUCAUUUGGUUAAUAAUUUAUCAGGCUUAUCGGGUGAUCUUGGAGGUGGUCUUGGCAAUUUAGCUAGCUUAUCUAAUUUAGCUACCUUGGCACAAUUACCUGUUGAUUUAAGUAGUUUAGGGUCACAGAUUGAUCCACUGAUUUUACAAAAUUUGGUUGCAACUUUUGCUGGUGCUGGAGGAGCCCUUCCUCAUGGAAUUAUGACUACUGCUGCCAACGUUAAUACUCCACCAAUAAAUUCUGCCGCUUCGCCUCCUGCUAGUACUGUUGCUGCUGCCAAUCCUGCUCGUCUUCCUUCAGCAGCUCCUAUUACCCCAGCUAGUACUCAAAAUAUACUCAAUGGUUCGUCAUUGUCAAAUAGUAGUGUUCCAACUCCUCCACCGAUGAGCUUUAGUCCAUUCACUCAAGCUGGCAUUCCACAACCAUCUACUGGUAGUAGUCAUCUUAAUAAUGUCACUGCGAAUGGACAUAAUAAUCUCCAGUCCAGCAAUAAUCAUAUCAAUGUUAACAAUCCAUAUGAAAACGCCCAGACCCAAAGAGUACCCAAUAUUUCCGCCAAUACACCAAUCACCACCAAUCCACUCCAACAACCUCCCUCGGAUCCAAGUGAAACCCUCAACAUGAUGGAUUUAAAAUUAAUGUUUCAUUAUACAUCACAAGUCGCCAGUACAAUCACGGGUGCCGGAAUUUCCGAAACUAAUAUUUGGAAUACUGAUAUACCCAUGUUAGCAUUUGAGCAUCCAUUUUUAAUGCAUUCAUUACUUGCAUUCAGUGCCACUCAUCUUUCAAGAACCGAAAAGGGGUUAGAUCAAUGUGUGACCUGUCAUCGAGGAGAAGCCUUGAGAUUAUUACGUGAGGCAGUAUUGAAUAUUAAUGCAGAUAACACUGAUGCAUUAGUUGCUAGUGCAUUGAUUUUGAUUAUGGAUUCUUUGGCAAAUGCUUCAUUUCCUUCUUCUACUUCACCGAAAUCAUUGCCGGCUUCAGCUUGGAUUUUUCAUGUAAAGGGUGCUGCUACGAUUUUGACUGCUGUUUGGCCAUUGACUGAAGCUCUGAGGUUUUAUAAAUUUAUUCUGGUUGAUUUAGGGGAUUUAGGUGAUAUAAUUAAUCAAAGAGUGAAUUUGGGGAAGAAGAAUUUGGAUGAUACCGAUCGUUAUUAUACUGAUUUAGAAUGUCAUGAUUCUGAUAUUGCUGAUUUAUAUCCUGUUGAAAUUGAUUCACCAUAUUUGAUAACAUUGGCUUAUUUGAAUAAAUUACAUAAAGAAAGAUAUAAAUCCGAUUUUAUAUUAAGAAUAUUUGCAUUCCCGGCAUUAUUAGAUAAAAUAUUUUUAGGAUUGUUGAUGUCUGGAGAUGUUAAAGCUAUGAGAAUUAUGAGAUCAUAUUAUAAGUUGCUUAGAUCAUUUACCACUGAGAUGAAAGAUAAAGUAUGGUUUUUAGAAGGUGUAUCACAAGUACUUCCAGUCAAUGUUGAAGAAUAUGCCGGAGGUGCGGGUGGUAUGCAUAUGAUGUUGGAUUUCUUGGGUGGUGGUCCUGCAAUUGUCGAUGAAGAUUUAGAGGAGGCGAUUAUGCAAUUUGAUCCAAGUGGAUCAUUGAGUAAUAAAUUAAUAGAUACAGAUAAUUUACCAAGUGAAAUUACAAGUAGCUUGGAAGUUAUGCAAGGUGAUAAUGGGUUUAUGAAUAUUAAAUAG